AUGAAAUAUGUUUUCUUAGGAUAUCCUGAUGGUGUUAAAGGUUAUAGAUUGUGGCUUAGAAGUGUACCCGGCUUUAAGGUCGUAAUAAGUCGUGAUGUUGUGUUCAAUGAAUCUGAAAUGCCAUGUUUAAUUGCUUCUUUGCCUGCUCCUUUACCUGAUGAAUCUGAAAAUGCUCCAAAUGCGGUGGAGCAAUUGAGUGGUUUAAGUGAGUUCGAUAAUUUUGAAAAUAUGCAUGCUGAAACUGAAACCGAACGUGCUGUGUUUGAUAAUCGACAUGCUGAAAUUGCUGAAAAUGAACCUGUAAAUGCUGAAACUGAAAAUCAGCAAUCUGAAAAUUUCGAAAAUGUCGAUGUGCAUGAUGAAUAUGUGGAAAAUGUGCCUGAAAAUGAUGUUGAUUUGCUUGAUUAUCAACUUGCUAGAGAUAGGACUAGAAGGGAGCGUAAGAAACCUUCUAAGUUUGAUGAUUUUCACAUGACUUCAUAUGCUUUUGGUGUUUUCGAAUCUAUUGAUAAUUGUGAGCCUAAGUGUUAUGACGAAGCCUUAAAAUCUGUGAAUUCUUUGCAAUGGAUGAAUGCUAUGCGUGAAGAAAUUAAUUCGUUGCAUGUGAAUCAUACUUGGUCGCUUGUGCCUAAACCUGAUAAUUGUUCCUUAGUGGAUUGCAGAUGGUUGUAUAAGGUAGUGUACUAUGUGUUUGCUGUCUGUUUUGAUACUUGUUCUAACUUCGUGAAAGUGCAGGUGUCGUCGUUAGGCGAUGAUGAAAGUCCUCCGGCCCCUCAAGCGACCGAUUUCACUAGAAUUAAGGUUGUGAAAUACAAGGACCGACUUGAUGAAGGUGUCCAACAGAUCCACGAGAGCUUCUCCGCCUAUGCCACUGGCGGGAGGUUUGCAUCCUCAUCGCUAUCGAAUCAGUCGCUAACGUCACCCUCGAUUCGAGAUCUUCUCUCUGUCCGAUUCCUUUCUCCCGCCGUCGGUGCCACCGUCACCAUAAGGAGCUGGGAAUGGAAAAGGUGUGCUUUACUAAAUUAUUUGGAUCCAUAG